AUGGAAACAAUAGUAGAUGAAGAUGCUCGUAAUAUGGAGCACUCCACUGUACAGAGACCGCUUCUCUUAUCUGCUGUCACAAUUUGCUCCAACCUUCAGGACACUGUAUCAAUGCAGAGGUUGCGAGGUGAAGCCGCGCGCGGCGCUGUUGGCGACCGGCGGUGGGCAACUGACUGCGCGGCUCUGAAGGCGGGCGGCAGCGAGACUCGUGUAGAUUUCCUGCCUGUCACGUUACAUGCCGCAACAAUAAUUAAAAUUGUUUUAAUACUUUUCCACGCCAGACAUUUACUUAGUCACUUGAAAGAUAUGGGAGAAGUGGCGAGGAAUUGGACGGAUGUUUUAAUUAAUCUCGAAAAACGUAUCGUCGGAGGUUCAAAAGUUACGAAAAAUCAAUACCCUUCCAGUGUUCAAUUUUUUAAUUCUGGUGGUCUCUGCGGCGGUUCGAUUCUCACGAAAAAAAUUGUAUUGACAGCAGCGCAUUGUUUCGAUCACAACAAGAACCUCAUUGAGAUGAAGAUAUUUUCAAAUCCGCGAUUUGUCUAUGACCUUCAAGCGAUAGCACAUGAUGUAUGGGAUUUCAUUAUUCAUCAGAAGUACGGUGAAAAUAGGGCUUUCGCUAAUGACAUCGCCAUUUUAAUAAUCCACGAUGAAUUUAAUUUUGGGCCAGAAGUUCAGAACAUUGUUAUUAUUAACACAGAUGUUUGGAUGAAUGUAAAUGAAACAUUUGUGGCUACUGGAUGGGGCGAGACUAAGUACGGUGUCAGUGUACAUCAAAACCGUUUAAAGGCUGCCAAUAUGUAUUAUGUAAGCAAAGAACGAUGUAUGAAUGAAAACAAAAUCGACUUGGGACCUGAAAUGUUUUGUUUGCACGGGAAUGGCGAGAGCGACACGUGCCGCGGAGAUUCUGGUGGAGGGGUAUUGUGGAAGGGCGGGCUAGUAGGAAUUGUUUCCCACGGUCGAGGGUGUCUCGAGACACCAGGUAUAUACAUAAGUGUUUAUUAUAAUAGACGUUGGAUUAAGAAAACUGUUACAAAAAUUUAUAAAAAGUUCUGUGAUUUUCAUCACAAUAAAAUAAUGAUCUAA